CAAAACAAAAACCAAAGAGGGGAGGCGGGUUCAGCUUCAGACUGCCACAGUUUCACAAGAUAUGGCAAGGAGCGGUUCAAGCAUUCAGCCCCGAUCACCCAACACUAGAAAUCGCCCCAGCAGUUGUUUCCGGGAAUGACACCAGGAGGCUGUGAAUACAAAAGUGAAAGCGACUUCUCGCCGGGAAGAUUCGCCUCCUGCUGAUCCUCUUGAGUCAGAGGUUCAACUCCAGCAGGAGGGGGGAACUCCUGGAGACCCCCGCAGCUUGAACGAUGAUGGAAUAUUACUUUAGAUCAGGAGGUAAGGAGAUCACUGGCUGCAGAGAGCAGGUUGGAUGAGAAACCAUUCCAGUGGCAGAUUCACGACGGGAAUCAAUGGUUGGAUGUGGCCCAUGAUGAGAUAAUAGAAGCACAGUACACACUGCCUACAGCAGAAGGAAUACACCUCCACACUGCUCGACACAGAACAAUCUGUCUCAACUUUGACAAGAUGGAGAUUGUUGGCAGCAGUUUCAAACUACAAAGGCUGACGUUCCCACAGGCCCAACCAAAGAAUGACUACAUCUGGUAUUUUCUGGAUGAUUGUUCCUGGAGGGAGUACGGAGUUCAGGGCACCAGCGGCAGGACAGCAGGAAUUAAAAGUUCUGAUAUUGAAUACCAGUUCCAGGCAGCUCCUCAAAAUGUCUACAAGUUUCAAGUUGGAAAUUCAAGUUACACCAUUAACUUUCAAGCGAUGAUUCAGACUAAUGUUCGAACAGGUAUGACGAGAAAGGUCAGGAGGAGGUCACGGUUUACUCCAGCGAGUCAGAAUGAAAACAGCAUUUCAGACACAGUGGCUCACCUGAAUCUACCUACACCGCCCGCCUGCUGUACUUGGCAGUUCCAAGCAGAUGACGACCAAUGGUUGGAAUACAGGAGAUGGGGUGAAGGUGGGGCUGUCUGCUCAGUCAAUAGUCAAGAUAUUGAACAGAGUUAUCAGCUGAAUCCCCAAGGAUCUCUACAAUUUACUGCUGGCCGCUUUAAAUACACACUGGACUUUUCAGCCAUGAGACAAACCAAUCUUUCAAUUGGCACCAAGAGAGCUGUCAAGCGUCUGGUAACUCCUAGCCUCUGGAGAGCAAGUGGAAGCGCUACAAGCAAAGGAUUGUGGCAGUUCAUGGAUGACGAUGGGUUGUGGAAGGAGUACUCACAGCCUGGAGUCCGCAAAUCGAUUCCUAGUCAGGACAUUGAAAGAACUUAUCAGAUGAAUCCUCAGGGGUCCAUGAAGCUUACUACUGGAUUAUUUAUGUACAGCUUGGAUUUCUCAGCCAUGACACAGACCAAUUUGACAACCUGGAAAGUCAGACAGGUACGUCGCCUUUGAAGACAAAUCAAAAGUCUAAACGAGAAAGGAAAGUAUAGGUUAAGAGCCAUGUUCCAAACAAUACAUGGUGUUCACGGGACUGAUGGAAAGCUGGGAACCAAGGGAAGAGUUGAGCAUAUAAGUACUUCAUGAAUUAUCUGAUAGCAACCUCCGAUUUCAGUAAAUGAGCUGAGGCACUUCUGUGCAAGACUGAGGGAGAACUGCACUGUCAGGAGUCCAUCUGUUGACUAAGCAGAAGAGGAACAGAGUUCUCUAAAUGUCUAUCAGUCUCUAUUCAGCUAUCAAACCACAAUAAAUGGAAGCACCACCACAACCUUGUCAAGGGCAACCAGAGAUGGGCAAUGAAUCCAGUGAUACCCACAUCCCAAGAAUGACUUUUUUAAAUGUACAUCUGAUGCAGUGCAAGAAUUAACCCGUGACAUUUUCAUAAGCUGUAUGUUUUAGUUUGUUGAAUCAGAACAAUCAAGCAGUUUCUCAAGGUGGAAAGGAAUGGAGGCAUCAAGAUGAAUAAUAUUAGCAGCAAUUACUCUGGAAAGAAGAGAUUAAUUUGCUAAUAUGCCAAAACCCUAACUCCUGAAGGUUAGUGUACGAAAGUUAGAUAUGCAUGCAUUUCACAGCCAUUGAAAUGAUAAGAGAAUUCAAUCAGGUAGUUACAGAGAAAGUAUUUCCUCUGGUGAGGAAAUGCAAAUCAGAAGAGGCACAAUCUUAAAUUAGGCCAAAUGAGGAGAGAAAGCUGGAAGCACUUGUUCAAACAAAAGCGUUGUAGAAAUCUGGAACUCUGUCCUCCCAAAAGUCUGUGGAAGUUGGGGCUUUCAAAGCUCAGAUCUCUAGAUUUCUAUUGGGUACAGGUAUUAAGGGAUAUGCAACCAAGAUGGGUAAAUGGAGUUAAAGGUACAGAUUAGCCCCAUUCGGAAUGGCGGAAUAGGCUUAAGGUGCUGAAUAGUCUGCUUCCCUUGCCAAAAUUCCCUCUAAUUUUGCAUUGUUGCACUUGUCGUCCCUUUAAAGUUGCUCUGUAGCCUCACGUGGGCACAUUUUAAAGGGAACACUGGUUGUGAGCAGCCUGAUUGUUGCAUGCGAGGUUCUGGAUUGCUGCACAAUGCACACCUGUGCACUUUAAAGGGAACAAUGCCUGUUACCAUGUUUCCAUGAUAUGACAGUCAGCAGGAAGCUUACAUCAUGGGCAGAGUUUUUGGCUCAGCGAGCGGGGGUGGGGCCCGCUUGCCAAGAUGUAAAAUGACACGGGGUGACAUUGGACGUGCAUCCUGACAUCACCGCGCAUCAUUUAGAUUUUCAGUUCAGCGGGCGCCCAGCCGAUUUGGUUGCGCGCCUGCUGAAUUGUCAAUGGCCUAUUAAAAACCAGUUAAGGAAAUCAGCUGAGCUGCCCGUCCAACCUUAAGGUUGUUGGGUAGGCGAAGAGCCCAGGCGGCCUUUGCAUUUUUCAUGGAACCUCAUCCACGGGCGGGAUGAGGUUUCAUGAAUGAGUUAAAAUUUUCAGAAAAAUUUUUAUUAAAAUUAAUGCACAUGUUUCAGUUUCACAUGAGGGGACAUGCCAUAAAAAUUUUCUCACCACUUUAUUCCACUUUUUGGACUUAAAACUAAUCUCCCUGAGGCACCUCUGCGCAUGCGCGAAAGAGUGCACGCCCGACUCAGGCAACCCCUACCCCGGCCGCACAGGGAGCACACAGCACUUCCGGGUGCACAUCACGCUGAGUGGGCCUUAAUUGGCCCGCCCAUGGAAAAUGGCAGUGCAGACCCGAUCGGGGGCGCCAAUCAGGUCCACGCCCACCCGACAGGCAGAAAAUUCUGCCCCAUAGUUUAAUAUAAUGGUGUGGCUGCUGUUUCACUGAAUGGAGGGAGGUCAGUUCAAAGAGCAUUAGAGAAACUGGGCCAAUGGGUUGUGGGUUAAGAAAGCUGAAACAUGAUUCUAGUUUCGUUCGACCGUUUUUUUGUAAGCUGAGUGUUUUCAUGCCUUUACAUACAGGCUGUUUGUCUACAUGCAUUUUUAACUAUGGUUUACAACCCUUUAAGUGAAGUUAGACAAUAAACUAAAGUAGGGAAAAGAAAACUGCUGUUGCCUAACAUCAAGGGUUCAGGGACACAACAGUGACAUAGGGAAAGAGAGAAGGGCAGUGUUUGUGUGCCAGAGAAUGGAUGCAGAAGUUCCAAGCUCUCUAGUAAAAAAAAAUCCUGCAAGACUGCUGGGUAACUGAGUUUAGAGAACUCGUGUUCGCUCCGAAGUUGAAGCAACAGUGGGUUUUGAUUGCGGUGUUUGGGUGUCUCAGGCACAGUACCAGCUGAGGGAAAAGCAUCUAGUAAAUGCUCAGAAAUACGCUGGAAGAAAACCGUUUGAAUCUGUGCCAGCCCAAGCAAGAAGCCAUGGAGUACAGAUAGUGGUAAAUCUUCACUGGGGUUGUGUGUCUGUAAUUGUAUUGCUGGGGUAAAAGGAGUAGUGUGAGUUUGAAUCAUUUUCUGGUGUUUGCAUUGAAAUCUUUCCAAUCUUUUUGUUUAGUGUAAUAUUGUUCAUUUUUGUUGUUUAAUAAACUUUUUAUUCUGUGUGUUAAGAGUA